AUGAGCAAGCCAACCAUCGUUUUCGUGCACGGUUUCUGGGGCGACGCAGCCCACUGGGCUGACGUUAUCAUCAACCUCGAUGCGAGAGGCUAUUCUCUACAAGCCGUCGAAUUGCCGCUGACUUCAUUGGCCGAUGAUGCCGAGCGCACCAAGAAGGUGGUGAAGCAGAUCAAAGGGGACGUGUUGCUCGUUGGGCAUUCAUAUGGUGGUGCUGUCAUUACUGAGGCGGGAAAUCUACCAAACGUCGUCGGGCUUGUUUACAUUGCGGCAUUCGGCCCCGAUAAGGAUGAAAGUGCGGGAAGCAUCUCGGCACAAUACCCGGCCCUCGCUGCUACCGAUGGCCGCCUCGUGCAGGACAGCGAUGGCUACCUUUGGAUCAAAGCAGACCAGUUUCAUGACUCGUUUUGUCAAGAUCUCGCCAAGGACAAGGCUCUCGUCAUGGCCGUUACCCAGAAGGCGCCCGUUGCGAGUACCUUUGGCGACAAGGUUACACAGCCAGCAUGGAAGACAAAGCCGUCCUGGUAUCAAAUAUCGACAGAAGAUCGCUGUAUCAAUCCCGAAGCGCAAAAGUUCAUGGCCGAACGUAUGAAGACGCAGAAGACUGUCGAGCUCAAGUCUGCACAUGCCUCACUCGCCUCGCAGCCAAAAGCAGUGUCUGAUCUUAUCGACGACGCUGCCAAAAAGUCUGUGCAAAUGAAAAAGACAUAA